AUGGUGGAAAGUGACGUAGCGCACUCGACGGCCAACAGCAGCCACGUCGUCCAGCCGCCCCAGCAGGCCCUCCCGGCCGAUUUGAGCGUGUCGUCCAAGCCCCGCGCCGCCUCCGCGCCCUCGGGACCCCACGGGGGCUUCUUCCGCAAGGCACCAGCGUCGGCGGCUGCCGUGGCCGCCAUGGCACCGGCCAUCGGCCCGGGCGCCUUCUGCGGGCCCUUCCCGCUGGCAGCGCCGCUGCCCCUGCUGCCGGGCUUCGCCAUGGCGCCCUUCGCCCCGUACCCGCUCCUCUUCCUCGCGGGGGCCGCCCACAAGGACGCCGGAGCCCCGCAGCUGUCCCCCGCGGGCCCCACCGUCAGGGGUUCGCCGUCCUCAACCAGCGUGCGGACGCCGAGCAUGAACGCAAGGCCAAGGGGCAAGUUCGACUUCUCGCGGCUCGCCGAGUCCGCCACGUCACGAGACAACGACGCGGACGCGCGGGACUUCUCGCCCUGCGAGCCUCCGGACCGGGCGCCGAGGCUGAGCCCCCAGCAGCCCCCGGCCGUGCACCAGCCGCCGCAGCACCACCCGUCGGCCACCACGCAGCGGGGUCCUCACCCGCCGGGCCUCGUGGGCAGCGCGGCCGGCCGCCACGGGCCCGCAUUCCCGCUGCUGCCUUCGUACUACGCGCUCCACCACGGCUCCGUCGGCGCCCUGGGAAGCGAACUGUUCGAGCGCAAGCCCGUCCGGGGACGCGGAGGCUCGUCGCGGCCCAAGAAGGAGUUCAUCUGCAAGUUCUGCCAGCGGCGCUUCACCAAGUCGUACAACCUGCUCAUCCACGAGCGGACCCACACCGACGAGCGGCCCUACACGUGCGACAUCUGCCACAAAGCCUUCCGCCGACAGGACCACCUCAGGGACCAUAGGUACAUCCACUCGAAAGAGAAGCCGUUCAAGUGCGGCGAGUGCGGCAAGGGCUUCUGCCAGUCACGGACCCUGGCCGUGCACCGCAUCCUGCACCUGGACGACUCGCCGCAUAAGUGCCCCACGUGCGGCCGCAGCUUCAACCAGCGCUCCAACCUGAAGACGCACCUGCUCACGCACACCGACAUCAAGCCGUACCACUGCCCGGCCUGCGGCAAGGUCUUCCGGAGGAACUGCGACCUCCGGAGGCACGCACUCACGCACACCCUGGGCAUUCCGGAAGACCCGGACCUCGAGAACUCUUGUAACGCGCCGGGAACGUCGUCGGGGUCCAUCGACCUCAUGGAAGACGACGACGACGACGACAGCGAUCUCCAGCAACCCGACAUUCUAGACGUCGAGAACUGAGCAUUGUCCGACGCCUGUCCUUCUGGACGGCGUUCGAGUAUACCACCGGAAUUUCCACGACGGCUGAAGUUGGGGGACUGCGCGUGUGUGUGUGUGUCUUUGGAUGCUUGUGAAUCUGUGGACAACUCAAAAACCUUGCGGGAGGUUCAGUUUUGCAGCUCAUCGGCGAUGAAAUCUCAGGACACACGGACACUUGUGGAGACAAAGGGCGUGCUUAUAAUUAUACUCGUGGUCUGAUGCUCAUGCGUCUGUUGCGUGGGUAGGCAGGUUGGCCCACGCAGCAUGCUCUACAGACUUUUUUUUUCUUCAAAUGGUGGAUGAGUGUGGUGGGAAUUAGUAGGGAAGCCGAGUCAACACAACCUAGAUAAAGCAAGGUCAGUGCACUCGUUCUCACCCCUCCCCAAGACGUCAGCGCAUCUUGCACCACGUAAUAACAACGCAGUCGCGCUGAUC